AAAUCAGCUGGAAACGCAGCAACCCCAGUCCAGGAGGUGGCGACACACAUUACCCAUGCCUGCAUCAAAACGUAGAAGAUGACGAAAGUAUUUGCCGGUCAAGUCUUCAAAGGCAAACACGAGACACGAUGAAGAUCUGGUCGUCAGAACAUAUUUUCAACCACCCAUGGGAGACCGUAACCAAAGCAGCUAUGCAGAAAUACCCUAACCCAAUGAACCCUAGUGUGUUUGGAGUAGAUGUGUUGGACCGAAAAGUGGAUAAGCAAGGUCGGCUUCACAGCAAACGCUUACUCAGCACAGAAUGGGGCCUUCCAUCUAUAGUCAAUUCAAUCAUUGGUAAUGCACGUGCAUGCACAUAUGUUCAAGAGCAUUCGCUUGUGGACCCUAAGGAGAAGACUUUGGAACUUAAGUCUUCAAAUAUUACCUUUACCAACAUGGUAUCUGUUGAUGAAAGGCUUGUCUACAAACCACAUCCAGAUGACCCCUCAAAGACUGUGCUGACCCAGGAGGCCAUCAUCUCUGUGAAAGGAGUCAGUUUGAGCAGCUACCUAGAAGGACUUAUGGCAAACACUAUCUCAACUAAUGCAGGAAAGGGCCGUGAAGCAAUGGAGUGGGUUAUCAGGCGUCUUAAUGCAGAGCUUGAGGAGCUAACCCUUACAGCAAGAGGCACGAUGCGGACCCCCAUGGCUGCAGCAGUUAUAGAAAAAUGAACUUUUCAUGUCUUUGCAUUCUUUAACAUCUUUCUUUGCGGACCACUUCACUGUUUCUCUUCUGAUUCUAUCAUGUUUCCUGUGCUGUUUUUUGCAUUUGUGGAGUUCUCCCCCAGCUCCCUUGUGCAAUUGACUCUAUAUUAGAGGCUAGAGGGACACAAAUAGAAAGCAAAUUUAUGCUUUGUUUAAUAUUGAAUACAGUAUGUAAGUUUUGAAGAACAAGCGAGAUGUGGUUUUUGUGUUGUGUAUUUAACUGAUGAUUACAUACUCUUACUCUGAGAUUGAUCAUAUCAAGCAGUCCUUAUUAUUUAUGAUAUAUUGUGUGCACUUGGAGGGGAGAGAAAGAAAUAUUUUAUUUAUAUAUAUUUUUUUUUCACUACAGAAAUGCUAAACUGAUGUGAUUUCUAUUAGCUUGUUUUCAUUAUAAAGUUGUUUUUGUGUGCAUGCAUUUUUAAGGUAGUAAGUGUAGUAAUAUUUUACUACAAUACUUAUGUGUUGUACUGAGGUUGAUUUAGGCAUUUCCCCAAAGUUAAACAGAUGCUCUUUUUUAUUAUUACUUGCUGUUUUCAUACGCAAUUUUCUGUGGGGUGAUAACUUUUUUAGGAUUUAUUUUAAAUCUUAAACACAAAAUAUACAUAUCAAUUCUCAUGCAAGUGAACUUACCAACACUGUCUUCUCCCUUCAUCUCAUGGCCUUUCACCCAGUAAGUUAAGUUUCAGAUUAGGUUUGUUUCUUUCUUUUUUUUUUUAAAUGAAGUGGUUUAAAGUAAAUCACCCACACAUGCAUGCCUCAGCCCUACCACUCGUUUUCUUGUCUCCACCCUCCAUUCACAAACCAGCAUGCCACAACUCUCCCAACAUCACCAAGGUGGGCUAUGCUACUUCUGUAACCAUAGCAUCUUAUACAAAUGUUUUUUUUUUUUUUUUUUUUUUUUUUAAAAAAUUAAUCGGACAUUAAUCAUGUUCUUUAUGUAUUUUGAUAUAACAUGCAAUUAUGUAAAUUGAAGUCUCUGUAAAAGUAGAUUUGUGAACAUUGGCACUUGCAAUGUAAUUUCUUAAUAAUCACAUACCAAACAUGCACAUCUUCUUGAAUCCAACACAAAUGACAUUGCCUUCAUUGAAAAUCUUAUGAAGUUUCUUGUGUUGGCUUUCACCUAAUUGUUGUCACAAAGCACACAAUUCUGUGGUUAAUUUUUUUUAAUUGUAUUUGUAUGUUGUAGCAUUAUUUUUGCUGGAACAAAAGGACCUAGCACAAACCUGUUCCAGCAUGAUACUUCACUUGGGCACACAGCAAGGUCCUUGAAGAUGAACUAGAGUGGCCUGCACUGGGCCCUGACUUCAAUCCUACUAAAUACGUGGGUUGAACUGGAAUGAUGUCUGUGUACCAGGCCUUCUUGUUAAGUAAGCUUAAUGGAACUUUUGCUUUUGUGGUGGAAUGGGCCCCUCACCACAGCCAUCUUCCAAAAUUAAGUUGAAAUCCUUCCCAGAAGAAUCGAUAUUAUAACUCUAAACUGGGAACUAAAUCUGGAAUGGAAUGUUCAAAAAGGACAUGGAUGUUACGAUCAGAUGUCUGCAAACCUUUGGCCAUGUAGUGUAAUAUAAUGCAUAAAUGCAUUGUAGGAAUUCUGAAACAAUUGAUCUCAGCUGGGAAUGCUAUAGUCACACUAAUCAGUGCACCAUAGGUUAAUCAUUAAUUUCAAUGUUUAAAUGUUUUUUUUUUUUUUAUUAAUGAGAAUAUGUACUGUGAGAGGUUCAAACAGACUGCAUGCAUAUUUGCUCUUUGUGGAACUAAAUGCAGUAGUGGAUGGUCUUGCUUUAAAUAAAAGGAGAAAACAUACAAAUCA